UUGGUGUCACGCUGCCGUCACUGCGGAUCCGGGGGUGCCAUAUUCCAGCCAUCUCCGCCUGUUAUCGGCCCUGACGGGUGCAAAGCAGCACUGCUUCCGAACAUGUCGCGGGCUGGUGAAGAGGAGUUUCACCCGUCUCACCAGCACCUGCCUCCGCACGUGCUGCCUUCACAGCUGGUGAAAAACCAACUGGAAAAGGUGCUAUUAAAACGAGGGGUGAUGUGGGACCAGGGAGGACAGCCUUGGCCGCAGUGGCCUCUGAGCCAGCAGCAGUGGAUGCAGUCUUUUCAACACCAGCACGACCCAGGUCAAGUGGACUGGGCUGCACUGGCUCAGGCAUGGAUAGCCCAAAAAGAAUCAACGGGAGCACCGCCGCCCAACGUCCAGCCCAAUGGCCAGGACAUCCCUGGCCUGGAGCCUGUGGGGCAGAGUAACCACGGAGCCUUCCAGGGUGACCCACCGUUCGGUCGAGUAUGGCAGCCAGGUAUGCAGCAUCUGCGUUUUGAUGCCAGGAGCGUUGAGUGGGGAAUUCAUGGUCAGCCCCCGCCUCCUCCUCCACCCCCAGACCAGGCGUGGAUCCCUCCAGGGUCAGGACCAAUGGAAGUGGUGAACCCCAGCGAGGACAGCAACAGCCAGGACAGUGUGGAGUUCAACUCUGAAGCCCACCACGGGGUUUACCCCCAGAACAGCCAUGGGUAUGGGGCACAGCCCGACAGCUACGCCAUGGCCCCCAUGGCCAUGAACCAGUUUGACUAUCAGCAUGGCGCGGCUUCGUCCUUCGCCCCCACUCCUUCAGGCUUUCACUCUCCAUACUGGCAGGGCCCCCCUCAGAACAGACGGGAUACCCGGCCCCCAGGGUUUAGAGAGCGGCCCAGGUCCCCGAUACAGAUCCCUGUCAAACCAGAAGCCCCGGCACCACUGGAUGCUGUGAAAAGACGCACCCUGCCAGCAUGGAUCAGAGAGGGCCUGGAAAAGAUGGACCGAGAGAAGCAGAAGAAGAUGGAGCGAGAGCGAAUGGAGAAGGAGCGAGCUGAAAUGGCAAAAGAUGACAGCAAAGAGCACGAGGUGGAAGAAGACGGGGGCGGCCCGCGUUUGCCCCGCAAGAGCAAAUUUGACAGCGACGAUGAAGCAAACGAGGAGAAUGACGAUGAAGAAAAGACCUCGGUUAAGAGGGAAUUUUCUGUCCGGACCCCCUCACCUCCUGCAGACGACAGUGAACCAGAACUGACGGACGACUUAAAGGAAGAGCUGCUGAUGGGCAUCACCAAAACUCUCCUGACAGAGAUCCUUCUUGCCGUCACGAACGAAGAGAUCUUGCACGUGGCCCGAGAGACUCACAGGAAAGCCACCCGAGCUCCUGCAAAACAGCUGGCACAGUCAAGUGCACUGGCUUCUCUGACUGGUCUCAGCGGGCUUGGUGACUAUGGCUCAGACGAGAGCGAGGACGAGGACGGUCGCAGCGCCCGAGGAUCUGAGUCCUCCGACACCGACGAGGAAGAGUUGCGCCACCGCAUCCGGGAGAAGCAGGACGCCUUCCGCCGCAAAGAGCGGGAGAUGCAGCAGCAGCAGGACAAGCUCUCACAGGAGGCUCUGUUAGCGCGUGAGGAGAUGGUGAAGGAGAGAUUGAGCAGAGAAAGGGGGGAAUAUGAUGAGAGUCAGUCAGAAAACCCGCACAGACAGGAGCAAAAGGAGAGGGAGCCGGAGCCCCCGGUAGACAGGCGGAGGUCCCGCAGUGAGAGGGAGGGCAGUGAGGGCAAGCAGCCGGGCAGAGGGAAGGAGCGGUCGGGGCGGGGCGGCAGCGGGUCGCCCGCCAACGGACACAGCAGCAGCUCCCGCUCCUCCUCCAGCCAUAGCAGCUCCCGCUCGUCCUCCUCCUCCUCCUCCUCCUCGCCCUCGUCUCGUAGCUCCUCUCGGUCCUCCUCUCCGCGCAGGAAAAGGAGGCGGAGCCGCUCCUCCUCCCACAAGGCCCGGCGGCGCAGCCGCAGCCGCAGCAGCCACAGGCAGCGCAGCCAGAAGGGCAGGGACAGGAGGAGGGCCAGCGCCGAGCGGCCCGCCCGCAGCAAGAAGGAGCGCAGCGGCUCCCGGGAGCACAGGGCCCGCAGGAGCAGGUCCCGCUCCAGAGAGAGAGAGCGAGCCAGGGCCAGGGCCAGCCGCAGUCGCAGCAGGGACAGAGGCAGGGACAAGGAGAGGAAGAGGAGCCGGGAGCGCAGGGACAGCAGCCACAGCCGCAGCAGCAAACACAAGCAGAAGGCCUCCAGCAAAGACAGGGACCGCAGGAGGGACAGGAGUCGAAGCCACGACAGGGACAAGAAAAAGAAGGAUAAGGAUAGGGAAAGAGAAAUGGAGAAAAAGAAAGAAAAGCCCAAGGCUAAAGAGAGGGAAAAGGAAAAAGGGAGCCUAGUAGCGUCAGAGGAGAAUGGCAAAUCAAAGAAAAGGAAAGAGGCCGACCCUCCCGCUGACUCGCAGAGCGACAAGCGCUCCCGACAGGAUAGCAAAGCCAGCAAGAAGGGCUCCAGCAAAGCUAGCAAGAGGCACUCAGACUCUGACUCCAGUAGGUCCCCCACUCCUGAAGUUAGUAAGGAAAAGAAAUCUAAAAAAUCCAAACGUAGUCGCUCACGGUCGACGGAAAAAUCUCACAAGUCUGGUAAGAAGGCAAGCCGCAAACACAAGUCUAAGUCGCGAUCAAGGUAGUAUUCGUUUUUUUCUCCUUCUUUACUCACUGUUUGUUCCAUGUAUUUGUCAGUUAUUUCUCAUUUCCAGUUUAAAAAAAAAAAAACGAUGAGUGAAAAGUAGGAUUCAUUGAAGGGUCCCUUUCCCUGACGAUGGUUAGCCAUGAAUGAGUUUGUGUGGCCAUAGUUCAGCCCAGGCUUCUGUUAAAAUGUUCAGCUGCUGCAUGGUGUACACAGAGGUGUAGACGAAGCCUUAGAGAUUCUGAGGGACUAAACACGCUCACUUGUGGCUUUGCAGUGUCCCACAUUGUAGAUUUGCUUCAGUAGAAUAAUAUCCAUGCACAUUAUGACUGUAUGUCUUUCUGUGGUUGUAUGAUUUGUGGGAGGGUGGCAUUGAUGUGUCUGAAUAGUGUGUGUGCUGAAAUGUAAGUGCAUUAUUAAUGUGGUACCCACGCCUCUCUUUCAGGUCGGCUUCCCCCUCCCGUCGUAGCAGGCGCUGAGAAGCACAGUUAACAUCCGGAACCUGUGCACUGCACCAUUUUAAAUUCCAUGAGUUGAGCAGGCUUGUCUCAUUAUAGAGGCAGUUGUGUAGGUGAACACCCCUCAUACGUUUUACAUUGUAAAUAUGUUCUUAUUUUCAAGGUGUGAUUGCAGAACGAGACAGUUUGAAUGGUAGGAGCUUUCACUAAGCAAAGUUUAAUCACUAAAAACUGCGGUUGUAUCAUUUUAAAACAUGACAGGAGUAACUCCCCCACCCCAUCCCCUCCCACACCUUAUUGUAAGAUGUCCAAUAAAACUGUUUGUUCCUUG